CUUUCAUAAUUUCUACAGCAAUGAAUAAUCUCAGCUGUGCGCGGGUUAUGAUAAAGGGAAUUGAUGUUCUUUACCCACGGUGUAGAGUUCAAUUGAGUCUAAUCAGUCGUUGCGGGUGGAGCAAAAUGGAUUUCUUGAUGGAUUGGUGGUUCGCUGUGCUGAUAAUCGUAAUAGUGCUUCUCGCGUGGGAUGCAAUUGACAAAUCUGGGCGCCCGUAUCGGGCCAUGAACAAAUUUCCAGGGCCUCGGGUUUUUCCUCUUAUUGGAACUCUGAGCGAGAUUCUUUUCAAGGAUCAAGCUAAGACUUUCCAAUUGGCCCGCGAAUGGCCCAAACGGUAUGGAGGGUCCUAUCGGUUCUGGGUCAACAGCACACUGUACGUACUGAAUGUGGUGCGGGUUCGCGAAGCCGAGCCCAUCCUGUCGAGCACCAAAAACAUCGACAAGAGUCGAUUCUACAAGUUUCUUCAUCCCUUCUUGGGACUGGGUCUGCUCAACAGCACCGGACCCAAAUGGAUGCACCGCCGAAGAAUCCUAACGCCUUCGUUCCACUUCAACAUACUCAACGGGUUUCAUCGUACGUUUGUGGAAGAAUGCGACCAACUGUUGGCCACAAUCGAUGAACACGUGGAUAAAGGAGUAUCGACGGCCUUGCAACCGGUCAUGUCCAAGUUUACGUUGAACACCAUUUGCGAAACCUCAAUGGGCGUUAAGUUGUCCACGGUUUCUGGAGCAGAUGUGUACCGCACGAAGCUCUACGAAAUUGGGGAAGCCUUGGUACAUCGCUUGAUGCGACCAUGGUUGCUGAACGACUUCCUCUGCCGUUUGACGGGCUAUAAAGCGGCUUUCGAUAAACUUCUUCUUCCGGUUCAUUCGUUCACGACUGGGAUCAUUAACAAGAAAAGGGAACAAUUCCAGGCAAGCUCGGAGCCAUUAGUCGAGUUAACCGAAGAAAAUAUCUAUCUCAAUCCAAAGAAGCGUUACGCCAUGCUGGAUUCACUUCUGGUCGCCGAACAGAAACAGCUCAUCGACGAAGCAGGCAUUCGGGAAGAGGUGGACACGUUCGCCUUUGAAGGCCACGACACCACGGCAGCUGCUUUGGUCUUUAUAUUCUUCACACUGGCCCACGAGUCAGCUGUUCAAGACCGAAUCUACAGCGAAAUUCGGCAGGUCUACAACGGUAAACCGCAAUCGGACCGAGUAUUCACUCCACAAGACUACUCCGAGAUGAAAUUUCUGGAUCGGGCCCUAAAAGAGUGCCUUCGGCUGUGGCCACCGGUGGCAUUCAUAUCGCGGAACAUCUCCGAGGACAUUGUCCUCGAAGAUGGAGCGGUAAUCCCGGCGGGGUGCGUUGCGAACAUUCAUAUAUUCGAUCUGCACCGUGAUCCGGAGCAAUACCCGGAUCCGGAUCGAUUCGAUGCGGACCGGUUCUUGCCAGAGGAGGUCGACCGAAGGAAUCCGUACGCGUAUGUGCCAUUCAGCGCAGGACCAAGGAACUGUAUCGGACAGAAGUAUGCCAUGAUGGAACUGAAGGUGGUGAUCGUGAAUGCGCUGUUGAAGUUCCGGGUUCUUCCGGUGACAAAGUUGGAAGACAUCAAUUUCGUGGCGGAUUUGGUCCUGAGGAGUACCAAUCCGAUUGAGGUUAGGUUCGAGAGGAGGUAGUUGGCGUAAUGAAUAAAUAUUAUCAUAUUUAAACACUUCAA